GGACCUGCAGCGGGGCCAGCCGGGCCGAUCUGGGGCGCCAAGUCUCGUCUCGUCAAAGCGGGAGGGAAAAGCCCGAUCAUGCAGAGUGUGCAGAGUCUGUCGAAGCGGUGCUUUUGCCUGGGCUUUCUGCUGCUCCACGUCCUGGGACAGGUCGCUGCGACCCAGCGCUGUCCCGCCCAGUGUCCCGUGCGGUGUCCCAAGACGCCGCCAACCUGCGCCCCCGGGGUGAGGGCCGUGCUCGACGACUGCUCCUGCUGUCUGGUGUGCGCCCGCCAGCGCGGCGAGAGCUGCUCGCUGCUGGAGCCUUGCGAGGAGAGCCGCGGCCUCUUCUGCGACCGCAGAGCGGACCCCAGCGCGGGAACCGGCAUCUGCAUGGCUGUAGAAGGAGACAACUGCGUGUUUGAUGGGGUCAUUUACCAAAGUGGAGAGACCUUUCAGCCAAGCUGCAAAUACCAGUGCACCUGCAGAGACGGGCAGAUUGGCUGUGUGCCCCGCUGCGAGGAAGACCUGCUCCUGCCCCAGCCUGACUGCCCAGCUCCCAGGAAAGUCGAAGUGCCCGGGGAGUGCUGUGAAAAGUGGAUCUGUGACUCAACUGAGAAGGCAGAAUUAGGAGGCCUUGCCCUUCCAGCCUACAGGACAGAAGCCACUGUAGGUGUUGCAGUCUCCGACUCUAGCAUCAAUUGCAUUGAGCAGACCACGGAGUGGAGCGCAUGCUCCAAGAGCUGUGGCAUGGGUUUUUCCACCCGUGUCACCAACCGGAAUCCACAGUGUGAGAUGGUGAAGCAGACUCGCCUCUGCAUGGUGCGGCCCUGUGAACAAGAACACAAGCAACCGACAGAUAAGAAAGGUAAGAAGUGUCUUCGUACCACAAAGUCACUCAAAGCCAUCCACCUGCAGUUCAAGAACUGUACCAGCCUGCACACCUACAAGCCCAGGUACUGUGGGGUCUGCAGCGAUGGCCGGUGCUGCACCCCCCAUAACACCAAAACCAUCCAGGUAGAGUUCCAGUGCUCUCCAGGGCAAAUCAUCAAGAAACCAGUGAUGACCAUCGGAACCUGCACCUGUCACAGCAACUGUCCUCAUAACCACGAGGCCUUACUCCAAGAGUUAAAGCCAAACACCAGCAGAGGGGAAAUGUAAGAUGUGUUCCUUGAGGAGGAUACCUACAGAGGCAAAGUGUAGCUACCCAACAUCAAAUGAAUAUAAGAAAAAUUAGGAAGAAUUAUUACUUUACCCCUGAGUCCUAUGUAUUGCCUGUAGUCAUAUGAGGUCAGUUAUAUCUGUCUUGUUUUUUUAAUGAAAGAUCUGAUUAACUGUAAACUUGAAAUCAAGUUAAGCUCAGGAUAGUACUUAGGGGUGAUUUACUUUUCUGUGGUAUUGGCUACAAAUGAAAAUUUCUAUAAAUGUAAGAAAUCAGAUACAUGUUUUUACUGUGUAGAUGAUCACAUUACACUCAUCUGACUUUGUUAUACACUAGUGGAAUGUCAAGAAAAUGUCACUGUCACAAAUGUCAGUGAUGUUUAAUAUCAUACUGAACACGUUGUCAUACAAAUAUCUUGGCAUAUAUCUUUGACUUGACAGGCCUCUGUAGAGCGCUCUUUUUGAGCAGCUCAACUCUGAACUUCCAAGUUCAAGAUCCGAGGACACGUGUAGCUGUUCAAUUUGAAAUCCAGAGACCAUUAGUCUUCUGUUUCGUUGCAUACUAGGAAGCAGACUGUAUCUACAGGAAUGGAAUGUUUGUUAGUUAAGUGGACUGGUGCGAUAAACUUGCUCCAUUUCACACGAGUUGACUCCUUUCCAAAGAAAGAAGCCAACAGAAAACUCUGCUUGAUGCAGAGGAGACCAGGCCGCUCAGCCCUUCCAUUUCUACACGCUGGAGGCUGCUGGAGCUCCCCACUUUUUCAUUCAGAAGAAGCAGAACAUAUCAGCAGAGACUUUCUCACCUUACUGAUGAGGAAACCGGGGCCCUCUGAUGACUUUCAAAUGUGCUGGUAGUAGAUUUUGAAAAAGAAGAACAAAAUCACCAUGACCGUGGUGGUAAAAUACCAUAAAUUUUAUGGGAGUUCAGAAUUAUUGUAGACAUGCCCAAAACUUAUCCUUGGGCCCUAAUUAUGCAAACUCACAAACAAGAUAUAUGUGUAUACAUAUGUUUAUCUAAUUUGUCAAGCUAUAAGAUAGCCUGCAAACGUAAAUGUAUACAUCAUUUUAAUGUCACCAUAUGUGUUCAGCUUUUCUCUUUUAAAGUAUUUAUAUGUAAAUUAUACAUUUUUUAAUAUUCUUUUUACUUUCUCUAUUUGUCAGACAUCACUAAAUAAACACGAUUUUAUCAGUGCGUGACUAUGCCAUUACUUAUGGGCUUAUGAGUUGUUCAUUGAAAAUAUAAAUAAUGGUUGGACCUAGAGAGCACAGUGCUAAGUGAAGUAACUCAGACAAAGACCAAUGCCAUAUGAUUUCACUCACAUGUGGAAUUUUGGGAACAAAACAAAGAAAAAAAGAGACAAACAAAAGAAGCCAGACUCUUAAAUACAGAGAACACACUGGUGGUUGUCAGAGGGGAUGUGAGUCCGGGGUUGGGUGAAAUAGAUAGAGGGGGGUAAGAGCACACUUCUCGCGAUGAACACUGAGUAAUGUAACGAAUUGUUGGCCCCUUAUAUUGUACACCUGAAACUAAUAUAACACUAUAUGUUCAUUAUACUUCAAUAUUAAAAGGAAAAUAUAAGUAAAAUUAAAAUUAACAAAUUCAAUCAGACACCAAGUGACAGCAUCUAUUGAAAGCAAUGUAGCUAUUUUUAGAUGAGCUUGCAAUGUCUUAGCAGCAGGGAAGCAAAAGACAGUUCUUGCUGAGUUAGGUGAUCUCUAUUGCUGAGGCCUCGGAUAUUCUCCACACUGUUUACUCAAGCCAACAUCUUGAGCCCUAAUAUUUUUUUCUGGACAACCUGCUAGACA